ACGGGUAUGCAGGCUACGCUGUUAAACUAUGGGGGGCAGCAUGGGUUUGGUCGGUGCAGCGUUGCCUCGCAAGGAAGCCUCGAAGAAGACGAAUGCGACUCGAGCGAAGAACUUAUAGGGAGUGCAUCUGGUGGGGGUCAGUCCGAGUCGCAGUCUGUGGGGCUCCAACCAAAACUGACCCCGAUCAGUGGCUCUAUGGAGCCCACCACCGUUUUCAGGCUCCACUUUCUCGGAUCUGUUGAAGUUGAAGAGGAAGGGAGACGUAAGCGCCUUAACAACAACAUAGUGCGGGAGGCUGUGACUAAGAUCAAGGUCCGCCCUCCAACCCUUAGAUGUAUCAUUAUAUUCUAUUCUGUAAUCGUUAUGUUCGACAUCUUAAAUAUCUAUCUAAAGAAGUUACUUUUUCUUUUAUGCCUCAUUUCUCUCUGCAUCACUCCUUCACUUUCUUUCAGCAACAACGAGUAA